AUAUUGGAUGAACGCAUAAUAAAAGAGAUUGUGUUACUGUUCCGAGGAGAGUCCUUUUACUUUUCGUAUGACUAUGAUCUCACAACAUCCUUACAACAGAAGGAAGACAAAUUGGCAGCAUGCGAGAAUGUUCCACUUUGGAAACAAGUGACAAAGCAUUUCUGGUGGAACGAAUCGAUGUUGCAGUGUCUGAUUGACAUGGAGCUUCACUCAUGGAUUUUACCAAUAAUGCAAGGCUAUGUACAAAUUGAAUUGUGUGAAAUAGAAAAUCUGCCCUUUUAUCUGAUUUUGAUUUCUCGGCGAAGCAGAGAACGUGCAGGAUUAAGGUAUCAAAGACGCGGAGUAAACGAACAGGGACACGUGGCCAACUUUGUCGAAACAGAGCAAAUUCUCUUGACAACAAUAGAUGACGUACCAAAUGUUGUUUCAUUCUUACAAGUGAGGGGUUCAAUGCCGUUAUUUUGGUCACAGUCUCCAUAUGGCUUAAAGCCUAAACCGGUAUUGGAGCGUAAACCAAAGGACAAUGAAUUAGCAAUCGCUACACACUUUAGUCAAUUGAUUGAACAAUACGGAACUAUCGUUUGUAUUAGCCUGACCGAGUCAACUGGUCGUGAACAGAUAAUCGGUAGUGCCUAUCAAGAGGCUGUUGCAAAUUUAAACAAUGAUAAUAUUGAAUUCGUGGAAUUUGAUUUCCAUAGAGAAUGUAGGGGGAUGAAGUAUGAAAACAUUUCAAACCUAAUUGGAGAAUUGGAGAAUAAGUUUUCGGCGAUGGGAUAUUUCUGGAAAGCUGAAGGGUCUCCAGUACACUGUCGUCAGACUGGAAUAUUUCGCACCAAUUGUAUGGAUUGCUUAGACAGAACAAACGUAGUACAGAGUGCACUCGCACGUCACGUUCUUAUUCUUCAACUACUUCGGUUUGGAAUACCAGAAAUACUAGACAAUGGAGUGUCGCACUAUGACGCGUUUGAAAAUAUUUUCAAUGAUGGUAAACGCAAUAUUCAGGGAAUGGUCAACGAUGCGUCAAACUCGCUAGCCCGGAUGUAUCAGAAUACGUUUAGAGACUUUUUCCGUCAGGCAACUAUUGACUACCUUCUUGGGCAUCGAUCUGUAGAAGUAUUUGAAGAGUUACAGAGACGUUUUGAAACGUCUGAACCAGGCGAAGAGGAUCGCUGGGCUAAGAUUAGAGCAACAGCAAUUGAAAUAAGUAGUUCCAUAGUAAUUUAUGACAAUGAGGUUAAAUCAAAUGGAUGGACUUUUCUAUCGCCGUCCGAGCCAAACGCCAAGCGGAGUAAAUCAUAUGAAGAGAAGGUUUUAUUGCUAACAGAUAAAGCACUGUAUAUCUGUACUUAUCACUAUGGCCUUGAGAAGAUUGUCCAAUUUGUCAGAAUUGGGUUAGGAGAGAUUCAAGGCAUAGUCAAAGGGGAAUACAUUUUGACAACUUUAUAUACAUCAUGCACAACCGUCGACGAUAAUUAUGGACUCGUGAUUUAUUAUUGUGCGGCUGGUGAAUCCACACGCCUUAAUUCUGGAAGCAUAAGAAAUAAUGCCGACCCUCACACGGCAGACGAUGAGGAGACAAAGUUUAUAGCGUUUAAAGCAUUUCGUAGUAAUAUCGUUGGGGAAGCUACCAAGUUCGAUAGUGGAGCUGGUGGCGAUCAUAUAACAGGCACACAGACCGCAAAGCAGGUUGUCAACGAAGUCGUGAGCGAGAUUGUAACCGCCUGUCAAGCGAUUGGAAACCAUAGAGAAUCCUUUGUGGUUGAGCAGCCAAUCAUAAGUUUUGCUGAAGCUAAUAAGAACACUGGCAUAAUGACGAAAGUCGGAUUCCAGGUCAAGCGAGCAUUGUGGCUGUAG